UCGGUGCACGGUUUCCCACAUUUGUUUCAAUGGCCACCGCUCAGAGAGCACGUCCCAGCUGAGAGGGAGCAGUUCGGCUGCGAACACAGGACUUCUUCAGAGAACUCCGCAGCGCAACACUGUGCGGGAUUCACCGUCUGCGCUGGAAAUACGAGCUCUGACUGACGGACAGUCUGUGGAUCAGGAGAAGAAAGACUGGACGUGAACAGAGGUGCCUGCAGCUCGAGAGCCCCUCGCCGUAGCUUCCUUCACCAUGGUCGAACCAGCCGACAGGCCGUCGACAGCCGGUCAGAGGCUGGGCGCCCCCGAGAGCUUCGGGGUGUCCACCCUGGAGCCAGGCCUGCGUCCUCCUGCCCAGCCUCCAGGACGACAAGUCUCCAUCAGGGUUCAGAUGCUCGAUGACACACAGGAAGUCUUCCAGAUAUCGCAACGCUCCCCCGGCAAAGUGCUGUUUGACCUGGUUUGUGCCCAUCUCAACCUGGCAGAGGGAGAUUAUUUUGGACUGGAGUAUCAGGACCAGCGCAAGAUGACGCUGUGGCUGGAUCUGCUGAAGCCGACGCUGAAACAGAUCAGACGGCCUAAAAACACCAUCCUUCGUUUUGUGGUGAAGUUCUUCCCUCCUGACCACACGCAGCUCUUGGAGGAGCUGACUCGGUAUCUGUUCGCCCUGCAGAUUAAACGCGACCUGGCCUGCGGUCGUCUUAUCUGCAACGACACCAGCGCUGCCCUCAUGGUCUCUCACAUCAUUCAGUCCGAGAUCGGAGAUUUCGAUGAGACGCAGAGCUGGCAGCAUCUCCUCCACAAUAAGUACCUGCCCGACCAGGACGCCAUCAGAGACAAGAUCACCGACUGCCACCGCAGCCAUGUCGGACAGACUCCUGCAGUGUCCGACUACCAGCUGCUGGAAAUCGCCCGGCGGUUGGAGAUGUACGGCGUCCGACUGCACCCAGCCAAGGACAGAGAGGGUACUAAGCUCAGUCUGGCUGUGGCGCACACCGGCGUGCUGGUUUUCCAGGGCUACACAAAAAUCAACGCCUUCAACUGGUCCAAGAUUCGCAAGCUCAGCUUCAAACGCAAAAGGUUCCUAAUUAAGCUGCGAGCAGACCCCACUCAGAAUGCCCAUCACGAUACGCUGGAGUUCGCCAUGGCCAGCAGGGACUGCUGUAAGAUCUUCUGGAAGAUCUGCGUGGAGUAUCACGCCUUCUUCAGGCUCUUCGAGGAGCCCAAGCCCAAACCCAAGCCCAUCCUCUUCACCAGAGGAUCCUCAUUCCGCUUCAGCGGCCGUACCCAGAAGCAGAUCAUUGAUUAUGUGAAAGACUCAGAGGUCAAGAAAGUUCCAUUUGAAAGGAAGCACAGUAAGAUUCUGUCCAACAGCAGCAUGUCCCCUCAGUCGUCCUCCUUCAGAUCACAAGUGCCAAAAGAGAGUGCCAUGUCUGUCCCAUUAGCAGACCAGCCCGACUCAGCCAGGCUGCUCCAUAAAGCUGAGUCUAAUGGUUCAGAGGAGCCGCCAGCCGCCGCAUCCUCUGCCAACGGCUUCCAUGAUAUGCUGGCAGCGCCUGGAUCAGAGCCGACUCAGUCCCGACAGAGCCACCACGGUACCGGAUCAGCACCGGACCCGCAGUUCCUCAACCCAGAAAGUCCCGCUUCAGAGGACUCUCCGGCGGGAAGUCCCCACGUGGUCGUCAAUAGCAACGGCUUGGUAAAUGGACAGGGGACGGGCAGCAGCGGUAUCCUGGGUCCAGGUCCCGAGGGGCGGCAGCUGUCACCUCUCACCAGCCCGCUGCUCACUGACGCCGGAUGUGUCCGCAACGAUGAUGAAGAGGAGGCAAGGAGGAAGAAGUUUCCCACAGACAAGGCCUACUUCAUAGCCAAGGAACUGCUGACCACAGAGCGGACCUACCUCAAAGACCUGCAGGUCAUCACGGAGUCCUUCCAGGGUGUUGUGGGGAAAGACGAGGCCUUCCCAGAGUCUGUUAAGAACCUGAUCUCCACCAGCUACGAUCCGGUCUACAAGUUUCACCAGGGAUUCCUCAAAGAGGUGGAGCAGCGGCUGGCGCAGUGGGAGGGUCGUUCUAACGCCCACAUUAAAGGGGACUAUCAGCGAAUUGGUGACAUUCUCCUGAAGAACAUUCAGGGUCUGAGGCAGUUGACGGUUCAUCUUCAGAAACAUUCAGAGUGCCUGGUUGAAGUGGAGCGGGCCUGUAGGUCCAGUCGGAAGGCGGAGGCUCUGUGUCGAGACUUUGAGCAGCAGAGGGUUUGCUACCUGCCCUUCAACAUCUUCCUGCUAAGGCCUCUCCACCGCCUGCUGCACUACAAGCUCAUCCUGGAGAGGCUCUGCAAGCACUACCCGCCCACCCACGACGACUUCAGGGACUGCAGAGCGGCCCUGGCGGACAUCUCCGAGAUGGCGCUGCAGCUCCAGGGCGCCAUGAUGAAGAUGGAGAACUUCCAGAAGCUUCUCGAGCUGAAGAAAGAUCUGACCGGCAUCGACAGCCUCGCCAUCCCCGGGAGGGAAUUUAUCAGGCUCGGUUGCCUCAGCAAGCUCUCAGGGAAGGGCCUUCAGCAGAGGAUGUUCUUCCUGUUCAGUGAUUCCUUGGUCUACACCAGUCGAGGAAUGACUCCGUCCAACCAGUUUAAAGUUCAUGGCCAGCUUCCCCUCUACGGCAUGACGAUCAGAGAAAGCGAGGAGGAGUGGGGAGUCCCUCAUUCGUUCACCUUGUUUGGACAGCGUCAGUCGGUGGUGGUGGCAGCCAGCUGUGCAUCAGAGAUGGAGAGGUGGGUGGAGGACAUCCGGAUGGCCAUUGACCUGGCGGAGCAGAGCAGCAGCCCCAACACUGACCUGCUGUCCACCAGCCUGUCUGACAACAAGCUGUCGGAGGACGGUGGAGCUGAUCUGGAGUCUGAGGAGGAGCUCUGCGGCUCGCGCUCGUCCCUGGAGCGCCAGGGUCACCGUGGUAACACCACCGUGCACGUCUGCUGGCAUCGCAACACCAGCGUGUCCAUGGUGGACUUUAGUGUUGCUGUGGAGAACCAGCUCUCAGGUAACCUGCUGAGGAAGUUUAAGAACAGUAACGGCUGGCAGAAACUCUGGGUGGUCUUCACCAACUUCAGCCUCUUCUUCUACAAGUCACACCAGGACGACUACCCGCUGGCCAGCCUCCCUCUGCUGGGCUACUCUGUCACUGUCCCGUCUGAGUCGGAGAACAUCCACAAAGACUACGUCUUCAAACUCCACUUUAAAUCCCACGUCUACUACUUCAGAUCAGAGAGCGAGUACACCUUUGAGAGGUGGAUGGAGGUGAUCCGCAGCGCCACCUGCUCUGCCAGCCGCUCGCUGCCGAGCACCAGGAAAGACCUUUACUGACGACCCCGCCUCCCUCAGCUCUCCCCCUGCUGCAUAGAGACUCUCGCCUGGAUGGAGAUCCAGGCUUCAGGCUGCACAAACACCAGAAAGAAUCCACACUAAUGAAUACCUCUGAAUGGUUGAUUCACACACACACAUCUGCCAGAGGUCCUCCCACUUCACCUCCACCCUCCUACUUCUGCACCGCUAGUGUCUAAUUAGAGACAAACUGUCUGCGAUGGCAGUGGUCCACGAUGGUAUUCAUAAUUUACUUUUUUUUCUGCGCCAAACUGGCAGCAGAAAGUCUCACUGGCAAUGUUUUCCUUUACAUAACUGUUUUUGACUUUGAGUGUUGUUCACAUGCACACGUAUGGAUUUAAGAAUCACCUCAAUGACGUGUCCUGUUUUAUCUUUGUGAUGAGCCUGAAGAACCAGAAGUAUUCGGGACACUGAAGCACGAGUUUGUGCACCGUGUUGUUUUUGCAUUUUACAUGUCUCCUUGGUAAAUAUUCCUGUGUAACAUUUGAGAUGACGAUGAAAAAUGUACAGAAAAGGAACAAGACCUAAACCAGGAUUUUAAACUAUAUGUGGAAACCUGUGUGCAUGUGAACACACUCAUGGUGACGAGAGUAUUUUUGUUUGUCUGAAAUCAGAUGAAUUAAAUGUGAUGCCAGUUUGGACACGAUUAGAAAACAUCCGACUUUUCCUUUUUGUAAGGUAACUUUUUGUACAGUACUUUGAUACACUGUGAAAUGUUCUUUAUUAUUGCUUUUCUGUAAGUUUUGCUUUUAUUUAGAAGGACAAAUCCAAACUGCUUCCAACGCCAACAGAGAUUUCACUGGUCCGUUUGCCAAAUACCUUCUCUUCUGUAUUAUUCCAGUUUUCUGGAUUUUACUAUUCUAAAUAAAGAUGAGAAAAGAUUGUUCAUAUGAAAGAAAAA